AUCACGUAACCCAGCAGAGCACGUAUGCUGCAAGAUAGGUGUACCGCGUUUCCAGCACAAAUACACGUGUAUGCUUAGUAGAGAUCUCUCCACGACAUGGGCAGUCACUACAUACUCUACAUCACAUGUGGUGCACAAGAGUACUGUACAAGCACUUUGUUGGUGUUGGUGUUGUUGAUGUUAUUGUUCAUCGUCACGGCGAGUAAUUGCAUACUGCCCUACACUAACACACUUACAUAUGUACAGACAUCCAUAGUCAGAAGAGGCCAACCCUGCUGUCCCUCUUCGAACCUGCUCCUAAGAUACAUUAACAGCAACAUCCUCCAGGAUUUGAGCUACACCACCUGUGUACUUAUUUGUGUACUCAACUGCGGCUAUGAAUCGACAAACAAGGCAACGAAAAUGGGAUCAAGGAACAUCCUUAGCUACUCACAUCGUCUCGCCAUCCCCGAGAUUAGUUAUCCCUAGUAUACGCAAGGGAAAUCGUUCGGUCCCGUACCGUAGGUACAGUAGGUAGGUACCUAGGUAGGCAAUUCGCACACACGUGACAUCUUCAAUGGAACAAAAAACGAAAACCAUCCCAUCUCCAAAAAAGACUCGCUUCAGCUCUCAUCCU